CGAUCACCCUCUCGACUCGCCGGAGCACCACCGGAGCUUGUGUUAGCAGCUAGCUAGCUUGCUUGCUUGCCGGAGGAAGAGGAGACAAGAGAGGCAGCCAUGGCGCAGGCCCAGCCGCCGAGAAUGGGCGACCAGCUCCACGCCCAGUCCCAGGAACAGGGCCAGACGGAGGCCAUCAAGUACGGACACGUGUUCGCCGUCACGGGCGAGCUCGCCGACCAGCCCAUCGCGCCACGGGACGCCGCCGCCAUGCGCUCCGCGGAGGACAGCGUGCCUGGCGUUCUCGUCCAGCAGGAGAUCGGUGGGGGCUACAGCGCCGGGGUCGCCAUGGAGACGGCCGCGGCGUACAACCAGGCUGUCGGCGCCGUCCGUCCCGGGCAGGCCAGCGACGCCGCGACCAACCAGGGCAUCGCCGUCACCCAGACCGCCGUGCCCGGCGGCCGCAUCAUCACCGAGUUCGUCGCAGGCCAGGUGGUGGGGCAGUACUCCGUCGCCGACCAGCCGGUAGAGCAGGACGCGAGCAAGAUAACCGUCGGCGAGGCGCUGGAGGCGACGGCGCUGGCGGCGGACAACCGGCCGGUGGACAGGACGGACGUGGAGGCCAUCCGCGCGGCGGAGAUGAUGGCGCAGGAGUCGGACGUCACCAUGCCCGGCGGCCUCACCGACCAGGCGCAGGCGGCGGCGCGCGCCAAUGCCGUGGCCGAGCGCGACGACGACAAGAUCACCGUGGGCGAGCUCCUCACGGACGCGACGGCGAAGCUGGCGGGUGACAAGGUGGCGGGGAUGGAGGACGCGGCGAGGGUGGCGCAGGCGGAGAAGUACAACGAUGCCGCAGCGCGCACCAGGGCCGGCGGGGUGGCCGCCGCGGUGGCCACGGCGGCGAGGCUCAACCAGGCCGACGACGACGACGACCUCGAAUGAAUUUGCGUGUCCCCCGUCCCGUGUACUAGUAGUAGCACCAGUGCACCACUGUGCAGUGCUGGCGCUGCAUAAGUAGGAACAUACGUAUAUGUGCACAGCUACUGGUAUCCCCAUGUAGUACCUGUAUAUAUGCGGUUGGAUGAGUCUAAGUGUGUGUUGUCAAACUGUUGCUGUGUACACAAAAUAAGAACGAAAUCUAGU